CAGAAAAGAAACUCCCACAGUUGUUCCUGGGAGCUGAAAUGGAGCAGAGAGUAGUUCAACUAGACCAAGACAACUUCUCUUGUUCCAUCUGUUUGGAGCUUCUGAAGGAUCCAGUGACUAUACCCUGUGGACACAGCUAUUGUAUUAGCUGUAUUAAGGGCUACUGGGAUGGAGAAAAUCAGCGGAGUAUCUGCAGCUGCCCUCAAUGCAGGACAGAGUUCAUACCGAGGCCGGUCCUUGAGAAAAGUGUCAUGUUAGCAGACUUGGUGAAGGGUUUAAAAAGGAAAGGAUGCAAACCUGCUCCAGCUGAUCACUGCUAUGCUGGACCUGAAGAUGUGGCCUGUGAUGUCUGCACUGGGAGGAAGAUGAAAGCUGUGAAGUCCUGUUUAUCCUGCCCUGCUUCCUACUGUAGGGAUCAUCUCAAACCUCACUAUGAUGCUCCACCAUUAAAGAAGCACAAACUAACAAACCCCUCCAAAAGUCUUGAGGAGAACAUCUGCUCUCGUCAUGAUGAGGUGAUGAAGAUCUUCUGUCGUACUGAUCAGCAGUGUAUCUGUUAUCUCUGCACCAUGGAUGAACAUAAAGACCAUGAAACAGUCUCAGCUGCAGCAGAAAGGACUGAGAAGCAGAAGGAGCUCCAGGAGAGACGACAACAAAUCCAGCAGAGAAUCCAGGACCAGGAGAAAGAUGUGAAGCAGCUUCAACAGGAGGUGGAGGCCAUCAAUGGCUCUGCUGAUAAAGCAGUGGAGAACAAUGAAAAGAUCUUCACUGAUCUGAUCCGUCAGAUCCAGAAAAGAAGCUCUGAUGUGAAGCAGCAGAUCAGAUCCCAGCAGGAAACUGAAGUGAGUCGAGUCAAAGAGCUUCAGAAGAAGCUGGAGCAGGAGAUCACUGAGCUGAAGAGGAAAGAUGCUGAGCUGGAGAAGCUCUCAAUCACAGAGGACCACAACCAGUUUCUCCAGAACUACCCCUCACUGUCAGCACUCAGUGAGUCUACACACUCAUCCAGCAUCAAUAUUCGUCCUCUGAGAUACUUUGAGGAUGUGACAGCAGCUGUGUCAGAGCUCAGAGAGAAACUAGAGGACAUCCUGAGAGACACAGAGACAAACAUCUCAGUAAGAGUCUCUAAAAGGGAAGCUUUACAGUCAGGAACAGAACUAAAGACCAGAGAUAGAUUCUUGAAAUAUUCACGACAAUUAACUUUCGAUCCAAACACAGCACAUAGGAAGUUGUUAUUAUCUGAGGGAAACAGAAAGGUAAUGUUAAUGGAGCAGCAACAGUCUUAUCCUGAUCAUCCAGACAGAUUUACUGAUCAGUAUCAGGUCCUGAGUAGAGAGAGUCUGACUGGACGUUGUUACUGGGAGGUGGAGUGGAGAGGAGUAGUGUGUGUAGCAGUUUCAGCCAAGAUUAGCAAUUAUAUAAAGAGAUCAAACAGGAAUUUCUUCGGAUUCAAUGACAAAUCCUGGUCUUUACGCUGUGAUAUAAACAGUAACCUGUUGUAUCACAAAGGCAUUCAAACUCCAGCUCCAGGUUCCUCCAGAAUAGGAGUGUAUCUGGAUCACAGAGCAGGUAUUCUGUGUUUCUACAGCGUCUCUGAAACCAUGACUCUCCUCCAUAGAGUCCAGACCUCAUUCACUCAGCCUCUAUAUGCUGGGAUUCAACUUAGGUCUUACUCAAUUAAUGGAUCACAAAAUAGAUCCUUUGCUAAGUUUGUUAAACUGAAAUAGUCAAAGAUCAGAUUUCAUAUCAAACUCAACCAGAUCUUUUUUCAAUUCUUCUGUGUUUUCAUCAUAUGGACGCACUUUUUGUCUAUAGAUUUUUACAGUUUAAGAAGUUAUCUUCUCCUCCAACCAGUGAUAGCAUCCUUGAUAUGCUGUAUUAUUUCUACAAUUUGUGGCUGUAAAUAUUUUGUUAGUUAGUAACUUUAUAUACUUCAGAAUCCCUUUAAAUUAGUUCAAGGUUUAAUUAACAUGUGAUAUUGGUUUCCAUUACUAAGCUAACUAUACUAACAAUUAUCUGGUAUUCUUUUAUUUUGGUUUUAAAGUUGUAUUUCUUUUUAAUUUCUACCAUUAGUUUUAAACUCAUUAGGUGCUUAAACUCUCAGCUUGAAAGUUUGGUGUCGCCCUCUAGUGGAUCUCUAUCAUCACCAUAGAUAUAAUGAUCUUUCUUUAGUCCAUCAAACCAACAACUCUUUCUUGAAAUUUCCAGUCCUUUACUAUUGUUAUUACUAAAUUUGCCUAAUUAU